AUGCAUCUACGGCUGCUAUCCCAGAUUGCUCAAAGCAAGAAGCUCCCUUGUUCAUCUGCUGCUGCUAUUGCUAACCAUCGGCUCUGUCUGACCAAUCAGAAGCCAUUGAUACGUCCUUUCUCGUCAAUUCUUAUCCGAGCACAUCGACCCAGAAUGCCCGAAGCUACCGAGAAUUUGUUGCCAAGCAUUAACCUGAAUGCCUCCAUGCAUGUCGCUGCCACUGCUGUGGAAACGCUCAAUGGACAUGGCCCCAAUGCCGAGCUUGCAGCAGCUCAAAGUGAUCAAGGUCCCUUCACACCUGAACAAGAAGCCCUUUUCAAACAACAGCAAUCCCUUGAUAUCGUACAAGAAUUGAGAAAGGCACCAGAGUGGUUUGAAGUGGUGGCAUAUGGUCAUUUGUCAGACUCUGCACGUGCUCGAUCAUUGACAGCCAGCACGUUGCGAGGUGAUGGAAAGAUUGCUAUACGACCCCUCAAGUUCUUCAACGAAAGCAAAACCGAAUGCGUCAUCAUUGCUCAUCUUGGUAGAAACUUAUGUGGCCAUGAAGGCAUUGUACAUGGAGGUCUUUUGGCAACGUUACUUGAUGAACAUUUGGCAUAUAUUACACUUCCAAGCUUGCCCAAUUACACUGGAUUCACAGCCAACUUAACGGUCGAUUACCGGAAGCCUGUCAAAGCGGAUCAAUGGAUUGUAGUCCGCGGCAAAUUUGAUCGUGUUGAAGGUCGCAAGGCGUAUGCCAAUGCAUGGAUCGAGACAGCUGAUAAUGGAACGUUAUUGACGGAAGCUAGAGCAUUGUACGUUAGUCCCCGUAUGGAUAAGAAGCCUACACAAUCUUAG